UCCGUGUGUAGUGCCUCUCCCGGUAGCGCCUUACUGCUGGGUAUGAAGAGGUUGUCUGUGCUGCUGGUGGACUGCAGGAAAACAACGGGGCUGAGUGGAACUGUGAGAGGAAGAGAAGAGAAGAAAGGAUCAGAUUUGACACAUCAAAGAGAAAGACCAGACUCAGAGGAACCAGAGCCAGGGACGUCCAAACCAGCAAGACGACACCAGUGCUCCCACUGUGGAAAGGCUUGUAACCACUUAUGGGAGCUGAAACAACAUGAGAGAAUACACACAGGGGAGAAGCCCUACCACUGUUCCGAGUGUGGAAAGAAUUUUAGCCAUAAAGGAAACCUGAACCAACAUGAGAGAAUACACACAGGGGAGAAGCCUUACCACUGCUUCCAGUGUGGAAAGAGUUUUAACCUGUUAGGGUCCCUGAAACGACAUGAGCGAUUACACACAGGGCAGAAGCCAUACCACUGUUCCCAGUGUGGAAAGGGUUGUAACCUCUUAUGGGAGCUUAAACAACAUGAGAGAAUACACACAGGGGAGAAGCCUUACCACUGCUCGCAGUGUGGAAAGAGUUUUAACAAGUUAAGGAACCUGAACGUUCAUGAGAUAAUACACACAGGGGAGAAGACUUACCAGUGCUCCCAUUGUGGCAAGUGUUUUAACCAGUUAGGGGCCGUGAAACAACACGAGAGAAUACACACAGGGGAGAAGCCUUACCACUGCUCCCAGUGUGGAAAGUGUUUCAACUGGUCAGGUGAUCUGAGAAAACAUGAGAGAUUACACACGGGGAGAAUCUUUACCACUGUUACCAGUGUGGAAAGGGUUGUAACCUCUUAUGGGAGCUGAAACAACAUGAGAGAAUACAUACAGGGGAGAAGCCUUACCACUGCUUGCAGUGUGGAAAGAGUUUUAACCAGAAAGGACACCCGAAAGCGCAUGAGAAAAUGCACACAGGGGAGAAGCCUUACCACUGCUCCCAGUGUGGAAAGUUUUGCAACCGGUCAGGUGAUCUGAAGAAACAUGAGAGAAUACACACAGGGGAGAAGCCUAACACUGCUCCCAUUGUGGAAGGAUUUUUUACCAGGAAAGCAACCUGAACCAACAUGAGAUAAUACACAAAGGGGAGAAGCCUUACCACUCCUCCCAGGGUGCAAAGCUUUUGCCCAUUUAGGAAGCCUGAAAGAACACAUGAGACUGCACACAGAGGAGAAGGCUUACAAAAGCUCAUACUGUGAGAAAACAUAUUACUCAUAACAGUCACUAAAACGUCAUAAGAGAAUCCACACAGGAGAGAUCAAUUAUUUCUCUUAGCGUGUAUAUUGAUAUUUUACAUCUCAUUGACUUAAAAUUCAUCAGAGAACAUACACAGUGCUCCCGUUAACUGAUUUUGUUGACUGAUAAUGUGUUUACCUGUUUUUACCAUAUGAAUUUGCUUCUUCCAAUUAUUGAUAAACAUGUACCUGUUAAGAAACUGACUGUUAGGUAUGUUAGGGCUCCAUGGAUUGAUGAGGAGUUUAAAAACUGUAUGUUUGAAAGAGAUGGGGCAAAAGGAGUGGCUAAUAAGUCUGGAUGCACAUCUGUAUUGCAAAUUGAGAAAUUAUGUGACCAAACUCAACAAAAAGAAUAAACUUUAUUAUGAAGCCAAGAUAAAUGAUAUAAAGAAUGAUAGAAAAAGAACUUGGGGGGGAAAAAUUGAAAGAAAAGCACUGCAAGUAUUGAAUUUUGUCAAGUUAGUGUGGGAGAGGUGGAUAAAUUGUU